GGUGCCGGGGGCGGAGCCGUGAUGGCGGCCGUCGAGGUGGCAGCGCCGGCGGCGGCGGGGAGGAGCCGCUGAGGGGACGGGGGGGUGGGCGGCAGCGCUGCGCUGAGGGAGCCUCGGCCCCCGGGGGCAGCAGGCGGCCGCCUCCCUUGCCGGCCGGCCAGGCGGCUGCGGGGCCGCGGCGCUGCUGAGGGAGGAGGCCGGGAGCGGGCCCGGCCAUGGCGUCGUGGCUGGGCGGGCUGGGCUCGGGGCUGGGCCAGUCGCUGGGGCAGGUGGGCGGCAGCCUGUCCUCGCUCACCGGGCAGCUCUCCAGCUUCACCAAGGACAUCCUGCUGGAGGGCGCCGAGGAAGUGGGCGAUGCAGCAACAGAGCUACAUGUGUCCAAUUCCAGACUCAGAGAAAUAGAAAGUAUUAAUGCAGCAUUGAAGUCUGAAAAUGAGAGACUGAAAAAAAUAUGCAGUGAUUUAGAAGAAAAGCAUGAAGCAGCAGAACUUCAAGUAAAGCAGUUAACUAUAGAGUACCGAAAUCAGCUGCAACAGAAAGAGGUGGAAAUCAGCCAUCUGAAGGCUAGACAGAAUGCACUGCAGGAACAAUUGCAGAAAGUACAGACGGCUGCUCAGUCAUCGCAGUCAGCUGCUGGUUUGCAACCAGCUACUACGUCAGCUUCCUUUGUUCCAGUGGUUAGGCAUUCCUCAGGUUUUGAAGGAGAUGACAUGGAUUUUGGAGAUCUAAUCUGGUCUCAGCAGGAAAUAAACAGAUUGUCCAAUCAAGUUUCUAGGCUUGAAUCUGAGGUGGACCACUGGAAGCAGAUUGCACAGUCUUCCAAAGUGCAAGGGACGAAUGUUGCUGAACAAAGUGAAAUAUGCAAGCUGCAAAAUACCAUUAAGGAGCUUAAACGGAAUUUAAGUCAAGAAAUAGAUGAACAUCAACAUGAACUUUCAGUAUUGCAGGAUGCACACAGACAAAAGCUAAUAGAGAUAACUCGUCGACAUCGAGAAGAGCUGAGUGAAUAUGAAGAGCGAAUUGAAGAACUUGAGAAUCAGUUACAGCAAGAUGGUGUAAGCACUGAUGCUGUGGAUGACUCUAAAACUAGUGAACAGAAAAAGAGUGCUCAGAAUCUAGAAGGAGGAAAAGUAGAAGACUUGCAAAUUGUAAAAGACCUAGAGGAUGAAAUAAGAAGAUUAAAUCAGAAAUUAUCUUCUGCCAAAGAAGAAAACAAAAUUCUUUUGAAAGAUCAAGAAUUGUUAAAGGUAGAAAAAAUACAAAUAACCCAGGAAUAUGAAAGUCUAAAAUCUGACUAUAGUAUACUUCAAAGUUCUGUCACAGAGCAAGAUGCUCUCUUGAAAGAACAGGAGAAGAAGUUCCAAUCCAAGAUGACGCUACCAGAAGAUGUCGUCAGACUACAACAAGCACUGUUAGAAGCAGAAAAGGAAAUAGCAAGACUUUCAAGUUUAAAUCAGGCCGACAGUUUCACUCAUACGGGGAAAGAUAUGCAGGCAUUUACACCAGAUCUACAGGUUCUUAAAGAAGAAAACAUCAAACUUAAAAAAGAAAAGGAGGGACUUGAGAAGGAACUGCUACAUGCACAACAUGAAAAUAAGAAUAUUCUUUCUACAUAUUCUGAGGAUCAGAAUUCAGAGAUAAAUCAGUUAAGGCAAGAUUUGGAAAGGAAAGAACGUGAAUUAAAUGAAAGUAUUGCUGAAAGAGAAACCUUAGUAGAAGAAUUGGAAGAACUAGACAAGCAGAAUCAAGAAGCUACUCAGCGUGUGAUUACACUGAAAGAGCAGCUGUCAAAACAACACACACAAGCUGAUAGUAUCACCAAACAGCUGCAAAUUGACAUAGAUUUUGAAAGAAAGAAAGUAGCAAAACUGGAAAUGGAGAAGAUGGAAACUAUUAAGGAGUUAGAUAGUCAGAAAGAAAAACUAAGCCAAUGUUCAUAUGCACUUAAUGAUUUGCAUAUAAGUAAACAGCAGCUUCAAAAUACUAUUAAAGAUCUUCAGGAGCAAUUAAAGAAGUCCCAGGACUGUAACUUGCAUAACAAAAAAGAAAUUAAAGAAUUGCAGCAGAGACUAAAAGAAAGAGAGGAGGAGCUUUCUGUAUCCUUGAGCAAGUUAACAGAAAAAAGUAACCAGGAAGCUAACUACAGUUGUCAAGAUCUGAUUCUGAAAGAAAGAGAAGUAGAAAUUGCAAAACUACAGAAUAGUAUUUUAGAAAAUAAACAAAUAAAUGAAGACUUGGAGAAAUCUCUAUCUGAUCUCAAAAUAGAAAAUGGAAAGCUAGUAACAGCCUUUGAAGAAAUAAAACAGCAAUUAAACGAUGCCAUUUCUGAGAAGAAUAAAGUUUACUUAGAAAAAGACACCGUUGUGGAGGCCUUGAAAAUGGAAAAAAAACAUUUGGAAACUGAAUUAAACCAGACUGAAAAGCGUCUUUUUGAGCAAGCACAAAAGUAUGAGCAAACUAUUCAGGAAUUAUCGAAUGCACGUAGUAUGGACACCACUGCAUUGCAGCUUGAACACGAACGCCUAGUUAAACUGAAUCAAGAGAAAGACUUUAAGAUUGCAGAAUUCAAAAGGAACAUGGAGCAGAUGGAAAGUGACCAUCAAGAAACGAAAGAGAUGUUGACUACUAGCUUAGGAGGGCAAAAGCAGUUGACAGAACUCAUAAAAGAAAAAGAGGAAUUUAUUGAAAAAUUUAAAAAUCAAGCCUUGCAGGUAAGGCAGGAACUUGAGGAAUAUAAGAAAGCUUCAAAAAAGCAGGAUGUCUUAAAACAAAAUUUAGAAGAAAAAGACAAAAGUCUUGCCAUCAUGAAGGAAGAAAAUAAUCAUUUGAAAGAAGAAAUUGAACGUCUUAAGGAUCAACAAAGUAGAUCUACACCUAUGGUUGAGCCUAAAACUCUAGAUAUUAUUAUUGAACUCGAAAGUGAGGUAACGCAGUUAAAAGUGAUAAAGACUAAUCUUGAAGAAGAAAUAGAAGUUCUCAAAAAAACAAUAGAAGAUCAGAAUCAAAAAACAGUGCAACUUCAGCAGUCUUUGCAAGAGCAAAGAAAGCAAAUAGAUGAAUCUAAAGUCCAGUGUGAACAAAUGAAUGUCACACAUGAAAGACUUUCUUUAGCGAAGGAUGAGGAAAUUAAAAAUUUACAGAAGACAAUUGAGCAAAUUAAGACUCAGUUGCACAAAGAGAGACAGGUUAUUCAGACUGAUUCCUCUGAUCUUUUUCAGGUAACGAAAGUUCAGACACUUAAUGGAGAAAAUGGAAAUGAAAAACAUGACUUAUCUAAAGCUGAAAUUGAAAGACUAGUAAAAGGUAUCAAAGAAAGGGAGAUGGAGAUUAAGCUUCUAAAUGAAAAGAAUGUUUCUCUGAGUCAACAAAUUGAUCAGUUGUCUAAAGAUGAAGUCGGCAAACUUACUCGGAUCAUCCAAGAGAAAGACUUAGAAAUACAGGCCCUCAAUGCUAGAGUUUCCUCAGCUUCCUAUCGGCAGGAUGUUCUUUGCCUUCAGCAGCAGCUGCAAGCUUAUGUCAUGGAAAGAGAGCAAGUACUAGCAGUUCUAAGUGAAAAGACAAGAGAGAACAGUCAGUUAAAAACAGAGUAUCAUAAGAUCAUGGAUAUGGUGGCUGCUAAAGAAGCGGCUUUGGUAAGGCUGCAAGAAGAGAACCAAAAGUUAUCUAAUAGAUUUGAAAAUAGCAGCCAAGACAUGUUUAGAGAAACUAUUCAGAAUUUAUCCCGUAUCAUUCGAGAAAAAGAUAUUGAAAUAGAUGCUCUAAGUCAAAAAUGCCAAACCUUAUUGACUGUCUUGCAGACGUCCAGUACAGGUACUGACAGCGGUCCAGGAGGUGUUAACAGUAACCAGUUUGAGGAACUUCUACAAGAACGUGACAAACUAAAACAGCAAGUAAAGAAGAUGGAAGAGUGGAAGCAACAGGUAAUAACCACGGUUCAGAACAUGCAACAUGAGUCAGCUCACCUACAAGAAGAGCUACACAAACUUCAAGCACAGAUUUCAGUUGAAAGCGAUAGUAAUUCAAAAUUGCAGGUAGAUUAUAAUGGCUUGAUUCAGAGUUACGAACAGAAUGAGAAAAAGCUGAAAAGUUUUAGUCAGGAACUAGCGCAAGUUCAACACACCAUAGGACAGCUUCAUAACACCAAGGAUCUUCUCCUGGGUAAACUUGAUUUGGUAACACCAUCUGUAGCAAUGGCUUCCAUCAUUUCGCAGCCUCCGGUCAUUCAAAGCAGUGCUCCUGAAGUGCUCAGUGAUGAAACUAAACUCCUUCAAAAGGAAUUGGAACAGCUGAAAAAAAAGUUGCAAGAAAAAGAUUCAACUAUUAGGACCCUUCAGGAAAACAAUCAACGAUUAUCGGAUUCUGUGGCUACAGCAUCAGAGGCUGAAAGAAAGAGUCAAGAGGGGACUGAUUCAGAGAUGAGGCAGAUCAAAGAAAAGCAUGAUGUCUUACAGAAAUCACUUAGAGAAAAAGACAUACUGAUUAAAUCUAAAAGCGAUCAGUUACUUUCUGUGAGUGAAAAUCUUAGUAACAAAGAAAACGAAAAUGAACUUUUAAAGCAAGCGGUGACUAACCUUAAAGAAAGAAAUCUAAUUUUAGAAAUGGAUAUUCGAAAACUGAAAGAAGAAAAUGAAAAAAUAGUUGCAAGUUGUAGGGAAAAGGAAACAGAAUUCCGAGCACUUCAGGAGACUAAUAUGCAAUUUUCAAUGAUGUUGAAGGAGAAAGAGUUUGAGUCCCACUCAAUGAAGGAAAAAGCUCUCACUUUUGAGAAGUUGUUGAAAGAAAAAGAACAGGGCAAGACGGGGGAAUUGAAUCAACUGCUAAAUGAAGUUAAAUCAAUGCAAGAAAAGGCUGUUACUUUUCAACAAGAGAGAGACCAAGUUAUGGUAGCACUCAAACAGAAGCAAAUGGAGAGCAGUGCCCUGCAGAGUGAGAUACAGCAUUUGCGUGAGAAAGAGCAGCGCCUAAAUCAGGAACUGGAGAGGUUACGGAAUCACCUUCUGGAAAUGGAGGACUCCUACACGCGGGAAGUGUUAGCUGCAGAAGACAGAGAGGCCAAGCUAAGAAAAAAAGUUUCAGUUUUGGAAGAAAAACUUGUGUCCUCAUCUACUGCAGUGGAGAAUGCCAGUCAUCAAGCUAGCCUGCAGGUCGAAUCUUUGCAAGAGCAAUUAAACUUGGUUUCCAAGCAGAGAGAUGAAACUGUGCUACAGCUCACCAUCUCACAGGACCAAGUGAAACAGUAUGCGUUGUCACUGGCCAACCUGCAGAUGGUGCUAGAACAAUUCCAACAGGAAGAAAAAGCCAUGUAUUCAGCAGAGUUAGAAAAACACCAAAAACAGACUGAAGAAUGGAAAAAAAAAGCUGAGAACUUAGAAGAAAAAGUUGUAUCACUGCAGGAAAGUUUAGGAGAGGCAAAUGCUGCACUGGAUGCAGCAUCAAGGCUUACUGAACAACUUGAUGUUAAAGAGGAGCAGAUUGAAGAGCUUAAGAAAGAAGGAGAGAUCAGAAAAGAAAUGUUAGAAGAUGUACAGAAUAAACUAAUGAAUCUCAUCAACAGCACAGAAGGAAAAGUGGACAAGCUCCUGAUGAGAAAUCUCUUUGUUGGACAUUUUCAUACUCCAAAAAAUAAACGUCAUGAAGUGUUAAGGUUAAUGGGAAGUAUCUUGGGAAUAAAAAAGGAAGAACUUGAUCAGUUACUAUCUGAAGAACAAAGAGGAGUUACAAGAUGGGUGACUGGCUGGCUUGGUGGAGGAACUGGGUCAAAGAGUGUCCCUAAUACACCUUUAAGGCCAACUCAUCAGAAUGUUUUUAAUAGUUCUUUUUCAGAAUUGUUUGUGAAAUUCCUUGAAACAGAAUCUUGCCCAAGCCUUCCUCCACCCAAGCUCUCUGUUCAUGAUAUAAAACCUUUAGGCGCAGCAGGAACUGGUAAAGGUGGCAGCGUUCCAUCCAGCAGUCAGAUACAAGAUUCUGCAGUCUCAGGAAUCAGCAGAAGACCAGAUGCAAAUCCAUUUCUAGCACCUCGAUCUGCAGCAGUGCCUCUCAUAACUCCUGCUACUAGUUCUGGACACCUGCUUAUGAAACCUAUCUCUGAUGCCUUGCCUACUUUUACGCCACUGCCAGUGUCCCCUGAUGCCAGUGCUGGUGCUGUACUGAAAGACCUCCUGAAACAAUAGAUGAUUUUGAAUCAAUAUGAUGAUAGCACUUUAAGGAAAAUGAGAACACUAUGCUGUAUAUAAUUUACCACAGUGAGGCCUUCUGUAAAAAGUCGUUUAGUUGUUUGCAAUUGUCUUGUUUUUCUUUCUUUUAACUACAAACUAACCAGUGCUUUGGAAAUUGAAGGAGCUGCGUUCUUGGUAGCAGGUAUUCAUUUUGAGUAGGGGUUAGAUUUUGUUGCUAGACUGCCACAAGAUAAAUUGAAGGAUUUUUAACCCUUAGUUACACUCUGAGUCAUUUCAGUUACCUGUAUAUAGAAAGCAUUACUUUUUGGGUGUUGAGAUCCAUUUUUCCAUUAAAAUAAUCUGCCAUUGGCAGUGGACCUUCAAGAACCAGAAUUAAAAAUGAAUAAAUAAAAACGCCUAGCCAAAACUCAUCUUAUUUGAGGUGCUGAAUGAAUCAUAUGAACUCCAAACAGCGAGGCAGUGAAUAUAUGGGAAUGUGGUUACUGAGUAACUGCAGUUCCCCCCCCACGCUACACAAUUUCUUACACUUAGUUACAUUAAGAUAUGUAUCUCUUACUUACAAUAUUGAUCAUGUUUGGGGGCAUUUAAGGCAUAUUAAUCUUUGCACAAAGAUUAGAGGUUUUUCCCCAAGCCUAACAACUGCUUUCAGUAGUCAAACUCAUCAGCACCAAGGAGUUAACUGUGGAGGUGAGUGCUUCAUUUCUAGUGGUGUCUGUGUGAUGAAGAGUGGAUAAUAUAGCAAAGGAUAGAUUCAUAUAUAUAAAGACACUGUACUUUAAUGCUCUUAAGAUGUAUAUUUGACAGACUUUUUAUCUUGCUGGAAUUUGUAGAUUCAAAUACAGGCUUAAAGCUUGAAGAUAUGUAUAAAAUUUAAAGGGAAGAACAUGCUUACUUAUCCCAAAUGUGUAAAUAGGUCUUUGUAAGACCAAGGCCAAAGUCAAUUAUUCUGUAAAUUUUGCUGUGAUAACUUGUACACAUUGUUGGCAGGUAAAGGAUGAAGUUGCAUACUAAAGGAUACAAAUUAUCUUGCAAAAGUGGUGAAUCUGAGGUAAAACAUCUUCAUUUUAAAAUGUGUAAUUUCUAAACCUUUUUAUAUGCCAUUCCAUGUUUAGUCAGUGUUAAAAGAUAACUGUUGUGCAAGUUCUAUAUUAGAACUGUCAACCUUCUCAUCUUCAUUGAGAUCCUGGAUUAAAUUGUUGUAAGACUUGUAUUUAAAUAAAAUUAAUCACUGAAACUUGUACAGAAUCAACCAAAAUAAUGCAAGAAAUCUGCAUUUAUUUAUAUAAAGGUCAAAUAGUGAAUUUCUUUUUUUUGCCUUGAAAUCUAGUGAAGUUUGUUUUAAUUACUAUAUUUACCCUGAGAACUGCUUGAGUUCCUUUUCUCCAGUAUGUCAAUGCUUCAUUGAAGAUUUAUGCAACCCUGGAAAAGUAGAUUGACCAUAUUGAAUUUUUAUUUAAAAGUUUUUGCUGCCUUGUAGACAAGGAAAUAAAUUUGGUAGUUUGACUUCUGAUAGAAUAGCAGCAACAAGUAGUGUACCAAAGUAUAUUCUACAUUAUGUAAUAAAUGUAAUGAGAAUUUAAAAUUGUGUCUGCUGGGAACAUUUCUGUAUGGUACUUCAAAUGUACAUCUUCAUUUAAACUAUUGGACUGGAAUGGGUAAACUCUUUUUCUAUAACAAAUAUAAAGAAAAUUGAAAUCAGA